UGGAGUUUCCACGACAGCUGGGAGCCGUGCGAUACCUCCUCGCGUAUUGCUUUCUUAAAGAAUACGUAGGGACUGUCCUUAUUUCAACAUCCGCAAACAAACUUUUGGCGGCAUGGGAGACAAGAAGAGUCCAACCAGGCCGAAGCGUCAACCAAAGCCUUCGGCGGAAGAGGGAAAUUGGGACUGUAGCGUUUGCACAUACAAGAACACCGCGGAGGCUUUCAAGUGCAUGAUGUGCGAUGUAAGGAAAGGGACGUCAACACGGAAGCCUCGUCCUGUCUCCCAGCUGGUUGCUCAGCGGGUAGCGCCGCAGUUCGCCUCGCCCACGCUGCUGCCCAAGAAGGACAAGAAGGACAGAACGGACCAGGAGAAGAAUGACAAAGAGCCCACAGUGAAGAAGAACAACCACAAGAAGAUGAGGCCCAGGUUAAAAAACAUUGACAGGAGCAGCGCUCAGCACCUAGAGGUCACGGUUGGAGACCUGACUGUCAUCAUCACAGACUUUAAGGAGAAAACCAAACCUCCCCCCUCCUCCACCACCACCACUACACCCCCCACCUCUACCACCCCCUCCAGCACUGUGUCUGUGUCUGCAGAACACCACAGUGGCUCCAGCUCAGACAACAACACUGAGAGAGGGGUCUCACGGUCAUCUUCACCCCGGGGAGAGGGCUUCUUAGUCGGGACAGAGUCCCACUAGACCACCCCAAUUGGAACCCCAGCCCAGCCCAACAGACCCUCAGACCUCCAACCCCUAGACCUUGGCCUGGAUCCCCAACCCCUAGACCCUGGCCUGGACCCCUAGACUCUGGCCUGGAUCCCCAACCCCUAGACCUUGGCCUGGAUCCCCGACACCGAGACCUUGUCCUGGAUCCCCAACCCCGAGACCUUGGCCUGGAUCCCCAACCCGAGACCUUGGCCUGGAUCCCCAACCCCUAGACCCUGGCCUGGACCCCUAGACCCUGGCCUGGAACACCAACCCCUAGACCUUGGCCUGGAUCCCCAACCCCUAGACCUUGGCCUGGAUCCCCGACACCGAGACCUUGGCCUGGAUCCCCAACCCCUAGACCCUGGCCUGGACCCCUAGACCCUGGCCUGGACCCCCAACCCCUAGACCUUGGCCUGGAUCCCCAACCCCUAGACCUUGGCCUGGAUCCCCAACCCCUAGACCUUGGCCUGGAUCCCCAACCCCUAGACCCUGGCCUGGACCCCCAACCCCUAGACCUUGGCCUGGAUCCCCAACCCCUAGACCUUGGCUAUGACUACUCAUGGCUUAACAUAGGCCACUAACCUCACUCCUCUGUCCUCAACUCUGAUAUGUAAUGUUAUCUCUGGACUUGCACAUUUACUGUAGUACUAGCUACAGGUUACAGCUAGAUCAACACAUUUAGCAGCUACAGGUUACAGCUAGAUCAACACAUUUAGCAGCUACAGGCUACAGCUGGAUCAACACAUUUAGCAGCUACAGGUUACAGCUGGAUCAACACAUUUAGCAGUUACAGCUAGAUCAACACAUUUAGCAGCUACAGGUUACAGCUAGAUCAACACAUUUAGCAGCUACAGGCUACAGCUAGAUCAACACAUUUAGCAGCUACAGGUUACAGCUGGAUCAACACAUUUAGCAGCUACAGGCUACAGCUAGAUCAACACAUUUAGCAGCUACAGGCUACAGCUAGAUCAACACAUUUAGCAGCUACAGGCUACAGCUAGAUCAACACAUUUAGCAGCUACAGGCUACAGCUAGAUCAACACAUUUAGCAGCUACAGGUUACAACUAGAUCAACACAUUUAGCAGCUACAGGCUACAGCUAGAUCAACACAUUUAGUAUCUACAGGUUACAGCUAGAUCAACACAUUUAGCAGCUACAGGUUACAGCUAGAUCAACACAUUUAGCAGCUACAGGCUACAGCUAGAUCAACACAUUUAGCAGCUACAGGCUACAGCUAGAUCAACACAUUUAGCAGCUACAGGUUACAGCUAGAUCAACACAUUUAGCAGUUACAGCUAGAUCAACACAUUUAGCAGCUACAGGCUACAGCUGGAUCAACACAUUUAGCUGCUACAGGUUACAGCUGGAUCAACACAUUUAGCAGUUACAGCUAGAUCAACACAUUUAGCAGCUACAGGUUACAGCUGGAUCAACACAUUUAGCAGCUACAGGCUACAGCUGGAUCAACACAUUUAGCAGCUACAGGCUACAGCUAGAUCAACACAUUUAGCAGCUACAGGUUACAACUAGAUCAACACAUUUAGUAGCUACAGGUUACAGCUAGCACUACUACUACCAACCUUGAGUUGUGGUUUGCUUUUGGACAAAAGAAACACCACAAUCUGAAGUCUUGUUUUAAUUAAAUUUCUCUGAUUAACUUUAGGCCAAUUUCACUGACUUUUAAAAACUAUUUUUUGAAACCUGUGUUCUAAACAUGAAGUAAUGUCAUUACAUUUAGCUGAUCUUAGCCUAUUGUACAGCUCUGUUUUAAUGUGUUAUAACAUCACGUCAGUGUUAGUAUCCAUGUCAACAUCGGAACUUUCAACCUCCUGUCCAAUGAGAACUGUCGUGACAUGAUGAUUAUGGUUCAGAGUUCUUGAGUUUGUGUUGCAUUAUGGGAGAAAACAUGAGGUACAUGUGGAGAGGAUGGAAAACCUAUGGGCUCUCUUUUGGUACUUGUCUCUCAGUUGUAAAGUGUCAUUUAUUGAUUGAAUGUGUUGGAGACUGAAUUGUAUUGUCAUUGACUCACAUCAGCCGGGACCUGGUGUGGUUUUAUCAUUCAUGAGAACAUGUUCUUCAAAACAGCGUCUGUUUUUGAAUUGUGUCCGUUUUAACACCACCUCAAAUGGUUGAUCAUACCGUGUCACAACAUUCACUGUUACAUUUUCUAUCCUUUGUUUUGUUUCUACCAAGCUUUGCUGUUUAGAAAUGUAUGGACGACUUGGUUGAUUACAUGGUUCAAUGUCUAUAAAGAAAGAUAUAAAUAAUGGCA